GGGCAUCGUGGCCAUAAUGUUUCAACAAAAAACAAUUGAGGCUAAAAUUACACUUCGUGUUUGGCUAAAAAGCAGAUGUGUGGCUACAUGCAACUUGUCCUUUGGUUUGUCGUUUGGAAAUGCCACCACCCAAAAAGGACCGUGGUACUCCUACGUGUUACUAUACUUUUACUACAAAUAUCACGGUAAAACUGUGGUUACUAUAGUGAGGCAAUGGUAUUUUUGCAGUUACUAUUUACUACAAAUAAAUAAAAUAUGGUCAGUACAAACAAACCAUGCUUCAUUUUUUAUAAAUGUUUCAUGUAAACACACUGGUACUUUAGUAUAAUUAUCAUUCAGUUUUAUGAGAAAUAUAUCCGUUUUAUGAUAAUACAAAUUAUUGUGUAUUGCCAUCUAUAUAAUGACUGUACAAGUAGCCUAUAUAGCCAAAGUGUAACCACAGAAACACUGGUAACUGUCAUCUAUAAAUGUCGCAAAGUUUUUAAACACCCUCCCAUAAUCUUAAUUCAUCCUUGAUUUAUUUUUAUCACACUAAGGGUUUCUCCUUCUGUGUAAUACCAAUGUCUUGUGCAAUAUAUUUCUUAUCUAGCGGGGCAAUAACUAGACUACAACUGUACGAUUUUCACACUUUUUCUUCUCUGUAUGCCUGGUUAUUAGUGUUAUGUGCACAGUUUUUUGUCAGUUGUUGUGUCUGUUUUACAUUGUGAUGUGUUCUUGUCUGCGCUGCAUUGUUUUGCACACUGCACUGUGACUAUAAUCAUGUUUGUGUAAUUAUAAUCUUGUUUGUAUUAGUCAAUCAAUGUCUUGUUUCGGUCCAACAUGGCUGUUUAGUUCCUGUAUGUGUAAAUGUGCACUGUUGGAAUGCCUUAAACAAAUUUCUUCUAUGCUCAGGCAUUUGGCCAGUAUUCUGUUAUACAAUUCAUUAAAAGUCCUGCACACUGCUUUUAUGUCUGCUAAUUUAAUUAAUAUAUUAAUGUGCAUAUCUGGUGCUCAAAUCUGUUUUGCUUUACAGUUAACCAAAUGCACAUUGAUCACAUUAACCAUAGCUCUAUUUGCCCCACAGCCUUUAAUGGAUAUGGUCAUUUAAAGGGUAACUUUAAGGGUAUUGCUUUGCAAUCCAAGGAGGAGUCAGAAAGCUUCCAAAACUACCUUAAUUUCAAUGUCAUACAGAUGUUAAACUACUUGAGGGGGAGUAAUUUAGGGCAAAAUUUUCAUUUUUGGCCAGAGAUACCCUUUAAGAGCUCCAUCUGUGACCAGGCCAUAAUAUUUUCACAAUAAUUAGACCCAGUCCAAUGGGUGACUGGGUAAUUCUCUCCUCUUUGCCCAUUUUAAAUGCAGUGAUGGAGAUAGGUGUAGAGAUGAGGAUUAUUUUUACUUUAAUACUGAACUCAAAUUUUGAUUUGUAGAUAUAAUGCUAGUCAUGAGAGUAACUAAAGCACAUGUUGUCAUAUCAACGUCUGGACAUUCUUGAGAUCUCCACCAGAGGUCUGUCUCCCCAUUACAUUUAUGCACCGGAAGUUUAUAAUAACUAGCUAUUCCAUGUGAACAUCUUUCUUCAUUUCAAAUUUCUUUAUUUUUGCAUAUACCUACUUUAUGUGGCUAGUAAUUUUCCAGUUUCAGACGAGCGUGUCUCAUAAACUGAUAAUGGCCGAAGUCUACUGUCAGGUUUCUCACAAGGACUGGCCAAAUGUAAUGUAAGUCACAUUAAAAUUAACAGUGUGUGUUAGUUCACUAGUUCAUCAGAUGAUGUAAAGAAAGAGCGGUUUGUAUUAGGCACACUUGUGACUACAUCCUGAAGCGUCACAAGCUUUAACCUGUCUGCAAAUUAGCAUGUGACCGGGAAGCACUGGAAGGUCACGAAGUAGAGCCAGUAAAUCCUUCUACUUUAUCCUCACCGUCAUGGGGCCACAACCUUGUUAGACCCUAUCUACUUACCGGGGUCCUAUGAAGUGGAUUUUUGUUUGUUUUCAUGCAUGCAUGUCCUUUGACUUUUUUUAGAUACUCUAUGACUAGGCCUUCUCAUGAAAUGUCAUUUGAUAUGCUGGGAAACAAGUACUUACACUGCAUCCACAAUGGUCAGCAAAAUUAAAUGACAUUUUUGGGUCUCCAGAGGUUAUUUACCAUUUUAAAGCAGAUUUUGAGUAAUGUUCUUGACAAACUUUGAAAAAUGGUAUGUACAGUUUAUCUAAUACAUAAACAUAUAUGUGAAGUCUUUGAAGCAGAAGGUAAAUUUACUCCAAAAGAGAUCAGGCUUUUUGAUUGUGCGUUCCAAUUCGCUAGUUUCACAAGAUGGCGUCGGUGAGAGUUGGCAGAGUAAUUUCCGGUCGUAUAACACUGAAUGGGAAAAGAAGGAUUUUUGACUGGCAAAUCUUGGUGUUUUUUAGAUAAAUAAGUAACAUAUAAGCGAUAUGACAGAUUCUCUUUACAUUGCUGAGCACUUUGUUAAGCCAUACGUCCGGAAAUAAGUCUGCGGACUCUGGCGUCGCAAAAGCUCACCGGUGCCAUCUUGUGCACUAGCCCAUUAAAAUCAAUCAAACUGCAGCUGGGUUAUUUGGAUUAAGUAAUAAUAACUCAAAAACUAGAGCUAACUAACACAAUAAAAACAUGAUAUUGGUGUAUUGGGUGGUUGUCAAGGCAUUGCUAUCCAGUCGCUAUUUUUAUUUGUUGCUAUGCAGUUGCUAGGGUGCUGGAGUUGUUUGCUAUAUUCAUGCUUACUGGCCCAAGUCAAGUUUAGUUUUGUCUCUAUGAUAUUUUUAUCCCAAGACAAGGCUCAGGUCCUUCCUUCCAUGUACGAUUUUUGCACAGAAGUUGUUGUUGAAGUGUAAGUAUAAGCAAUAAGCAUAUAAACCGUUAUGUCAAUGAUCUUUUGUUCUUCCUAAACUAUCAGUUCCUCAGAUGAACUUACAUCAACCUGUUAGGAGGAUUGUAAAAGGGAGAUUGCCCCGGUGCCAUAGACUGACAGUUACCUGGAGUGUGUCUUGAGAAGAUAAGCAUGUUCCUGGCAUGUUUGCUUUGUAAAUGAGAUCUAUUAGCUCUUUAGAGAAUGAGCAUUGUGGUUGCCAGAGGUAUAGAGAAAUAAUCAAAGUGGUUGUACUGAACAUUUGUGUCUAUCCAACACUGGUACCAAUAAGACAGCAUAAAGGGUUUAGCUGAUUAAAGGUAUAAGACACCACAUUACCAGACCAAACCACAAUUUUAUAUUUCAUAACGCUUUCCUGUACAAAGGCUGUCAACAGUUAGUCUUCUGACCCAGGCCUAAACUUUCUUGGAAGGAAACAUCUCCCAAGGAGGCUCAAGUGAAGUCGGUACCAUAAGUCCCCCAUUUGUUCCUGUGUUCUUUCAAAGUGGCAAAUUGUCCCAUCUGCUGACCAUGUAAAUUCAACCGAUAAACCUCCAUUGUCUUGUAUUUAGAACAUCACAAACUCAUCAUCUGAACUUUCAGUUUCAUCACUUUCCUACCGUUCUUCUUUGUGUCACCUGUGACGUCUGCUCCACGGAUUCGCCUGCUCUACGGAUUCGCCUGCUCUAAUUCCUUAACAGGAUUCCAGAUUCCCCGGAUAUCCACUUAAAACCUGAUUAAGCGAGCUCAACUCAUUAGCUCUGACAAACCUAUUCAAACCUCUCAACUCCAAUGCCACAAAAACAGGCCCCUCCCACUCAUCAUGACCCUUUAGCAAUGACACACCAAGUGAUACUAUUGCUCAAAUGUGAACUGUGCCAAUGAGUCAAUCAAACGUCAUCGAGUGGAUCUCCAAACCUGAGUGCCGUACCCAUCAUGUCCCCUGAAAUUAAGAAUAUUGGUUAAUGAAAAUAGGUUGUCAAAAAAUGACAUCUGAAUGUUCAGUGAAUGUCAUAAUGAUCUUUGCAGAUGUGGAGGUUGGUAGCUCAUUCCUUGUUAGCAAGCACAUACAUUUUAUAUUUUUAUAUACAGAUUAUACGCAUAAUAUAUACAUUCUCUUUUCUAAGUUAGACCGUCUUCUUGUCUUUAUUUUCUCACUCUUGUCUUGUGGACCCCAUACCACGAUUUUCCAUUCCAAUCGGUUUACCUGUCCCUGGCCCCUUUCUCUCUCUCUCUCUCUCUCUCUCUCUCACUCUGCCCAUCUUUGAGCUUAUCCUUUCAUCCCUGAUCUCCUUCAUCCCUCCAAUCCUCAUCUGUUCAACUCUUGCAGGAGAAGAAGAGAAACUGUGAGUUUUUCCACAGGUAAGUCCCAUCCAGUUGGAAACGGUGUGGGUGGCAUAGAAAGAGAGAGGGUUUGGAAAGCUGUCUUGUGGACUCAGCAAUAUAGAGACAGAGAAACCUAGACGUUGACGUUGGAGCUAUAGAGAAGAAUACUGUGUUGGGGUAGAGAGGUGAGUUGUGUGAGUUCUUUAUCGAUUGAGAUUGCUAUCCUUUUUAGUAAUGCACGAGAGAAAAAAAAUGCAAUGCAUUGUAAAUGCCAACUGGAGGUGUCAUUUGCUUUAUGCAUUUCAUUUUUUCGUGCAUGCAUACUAAACUGAACAAAAACUGCAUUUUAUGAACGAGCAGCUUUCUAGUAGUGUACUUUUUGUCUCCUACUUAAAGAGUGUAAGUAUUGUUGUCUGAAACUUUAUAAUACUUUUAUAUAAUAACUGUUGAUACUUUAUCCAUAAAUAGACAUGCAGCAAGCCUUCAGGAGGGGAUGUUGAAGAGUUUGUUCAGAGAGCCAUAGCAAAUAUAUGUUAUAUUGAUGCAUUCUUUAUUUUCUGAACGGGUUGUAUUGUUUGCAAUUUGGUAUUUGGCAGGAUUGUCCUAACCCUUAAUAGACCUUGAAAAUCUCAUGUGAUGCAGGUGUCACGGAAUCUUAAUGAGCACUUUCUUAUAUUUUACUCAAGACCACAAGGAACAUCUCUAAGACACCCACCACACGUACUGUACAUACACACCCUGUGGUCUUGUCUUUGAUCUUUCAGCCCCAGGUCUCACCUGAUCCUGUCGUAAAGAGCAGCCGGUAAUCGGAUAACAGGGGAUUUGACAAGCCUCCCCCAACAGCUACAAGAGUUUUUAGCUGUCUUCCGCACCUCAUGUGCACCAAUAAAACACUUCUCAUCAAAAGAUGAAUGCAAUAAACUUGAGGCUGUUAUAUCGUAAUUUGACACAAAAUGGCAUGAGACUCAAUAUUGCAGAUUAUUGCAGUAAAUUAAGAUCUCAGUAGUAUUACUCCUAACGCCUCUGGCCUUCCAACAAGAGGUGAAUUCAUAUUAUCCGCAUAGAAUAAGGCAUGGAACAGCGUUACGUUGAUUUCAGACAGAUUCGACUUAGACGUUUGUGUCGGUAAACAGCCCGGUCAACAGCAGCCAUGGGUGAAGUGGAAAAGAUGAAAAAAGAGGCAGAAGGCCUGAAGACACAGAUCGAGGCAGCUCGCAAAGCAGUCCAUGACACAGACAUGGCGGCAGCCGCCGCUGGGUUGGCUUCUGCCCCUCGGGUCCAACUCAAAACCAGAAGGACGCUGAAAGGCCACCUGGCCAAAAUCUACGCCAUGCACUGGUCUACAGACAACAGACUAAUGGUCAGUGCAUCACAGGACGGCAAACUUAUUAUUUGGGACUCUCACUCUGGUAAUAAGAUCAAUGCUGUUCCCCUCAAGUCCUCAUGGGUAAUGACCUGUGCUUAUGCUCCGUCUGGAAACCUCGUGGCUAGCGGUGGUCUCGACAACAUGUGUACUGUCUACAACCUGAAGACCCCUGUCGUCAAAAUUGUGAAAGAACUGGAUGCCCACACAGGUUACUUGUCCUGUGCACGCUUCCUUAGUUAUGCUGAGAUUCUGACCGCCUCUGGUGACACCACAUGUGCAUUGUGGGACAUAGAGACUGGAAAGCAGAAGACAGUGUUCUUGAACCAUAUUGGCGAUUGCAUGUGUCUUGCUUUGUCUUCGGACAUGAACACGUUCGUUUCUGGUGCUUGCGACUCUCUGGCCAAGCUGUGGGACGUCAGAGAUGGUCAGUGCAAGCAAAUCUUCCAGGGUCACACCAGCGACAUCAACGCCAUUUCGGUGACUUCACAAAACACUUCAGAUUCAUGCAGUACCGAGAAAAGGCAGAAGAGGGCAUCGCAUGCGGUCUCUUCUUUUAAGAGUGCUUCCUCACUGAUGCUGAUCUUCACAAAUAUUACAAUCAUGGCCAAUAUCAAUUUCUUCCCCAUUGGAAAUGCAUUCAUUACUGGCUCGGACGACUGCACAUGCAAGAUGUAUGAUAUUCGCUCAGAUCAGGAAGUGAUUGGCUACCAGGAUGCUCAGCUGAACAGCGGGGUGACAUCACUGGCUCUGUCCAUGUCGGGCCGUCUCAUCUUCGCCGGCUAUGAUGACUUCAACUGCAAUAUCUGGGACUCACUAAAGGGCGAGAAAAUAGGAGUGUUGUCUGGCCAUGACAACCGGGUGAGCUGCACUGGAGUACCAGCAGAUGGCAUGUGUGUUUGCACUGGCUCGUGGGACAGCUUCCUGAAGAUCUGGAACUGAGCUGGACCUUGAGCACAGAUCAGCAGACAGCAGAGAAAGAUGUGGUGAAGAUUAAGUGUGAGGAUCAGGAGGGGAAAUUGUUUAUUUUACAGGAACAGCGAAUCUUUGUAUCUCACACAAACACAGAAACAUCUACCUGUAUGUGUGUUAAAGACUGCAUCUUAUUAGAUUAUUUAAAUGGAACAUGUAAGUCACAACUAACGCAUAAAAGUCUGCAAUAUUGUUAUAACAUGACAAUCUCAUAGUAAAAAAGUCACACUGGACUUGACUUGAAAUUCUAGUGUUUUUGACAGCUUUAAAGACAAUGAAAUAAAUGAAUAACCAUUUAAGAAUUUAACAUAUAGUAUAUUUGGUCUCUUAAAAAUUCUGUAUGAUAGUUUCAAUGUGCAUUUUUAUUUUUUAGAGGCUAUGAUAGAAUGAAGAGAAAUUGUACAGUGACUUUUUCCGAUAACUACACGGAUUGUCGGAUAUUAUGGCUCUUUGAUGAUGUCGGCCGUCUACUUCACAUGCAGUGGAAAUGAAAUUUAAUUUUAUUACACGUCCUUUUACCCAAUUCCACACUCAAAAUUACGCAUUAUUCAUGUCUGUAUUUAAUUAUUUUAUCAUUUUGUAGGACUUUUACAUACAAAACAGUGUCGCUUAAUAUUACAGUGGCUAUCUGAUACCUUUCUAAUAAACAUAGUGUACUGCAUU